AAGAAAACAAAUGUUGGGGAAAUGGCAAAGCAGCCCAAGCUCCUGUUGCCACAGUAACACCUGUGUGGAGGACCAUAAAGACGGCCCACCUCUCCAGCACAUAAACUGUGAAUGAGACUCCAUCCUUAUCAACAGAAGCAGCCAGAGGAAGGCAGCAAACACUACUCUGGGGACGGAUCUUUACAAGCGUGGGAAGUGGAGAGAGCUGUAUCUCGCAGUACACAGAUCCCAAAGCUGGGCUUUCCCUGCCCUCUGUCUGCUCUGAAAUCAACUGACAGAGUGUUGAAGUAAUCACUGCCUAGAGCCUGUUUUCCUCUCUCAAAACCAGAGCCCACCAUUGGGUUUCCAGAAUCAACUGGUUUGGAUCUCAUUCACAGUUUUUGGACCUUCUGGACUCAAGGAGCAAAGACAGGACACAGGUUGCAUCCGGAACCGGAGAUAUCCGAGGAAAGUGUUAAUCCAGACUCUUGACUGGGGCAGUGAAAGGAGUGGGAACAGUCAGGCUGGCCGCUAGGACCGUCUGCGCGGAGCUCCUGGAAUGUGCUGUGCUCAGCCUGACGUCCACCCUGUGAUUCGCUUAGGGUGCCCCUCUCGCCCACUACCUGGACGUCACACACUUUGUGUGUGUUCUUGCUGACUACACGUGUAAGUGUGUUGGUAUAUUCUGGUUUUAGUGGUCAAGACAAACAGAAGCUAGAGGAAAUCUCUUCAGAACAUCACCAUAGCGCACCAGUGAAAGACAGGCUUGCGGAGCCAAUGCGGAGGAAUUAUCUGCUGUCAGGUCCUGCACCGGGCUGAUAAGGAAACGCAGCGCACCGAGGGCCACUGCAAGGUGAGAGGGACCGCAGGGGGAAGGGACCGAAGAUGCCAUCUUCCACCAUGCAAAUGUUUGCCUUCAUUCUGGCAGUACUGGGAGUCGUGAGUGCCACGGUGGCCACACUGCUACCCAACUGGAAGGUGAGCGCAGAUGUGGGCUCCAACAUCAUGACUGCCAUCUCGCAGAUGCAGGGACUAUGGAUGGACUGCACCUGGUAUAGCACCGGAGUCUUCAGCUGCUCACUUAAGUCCUCGGUGCUGGCGUUGCCGGCUUAUCUCCAGACUGCACGCACCACUAUGGUGCUUUCCUGCAUGAUGGCGACAAUGGGACUCUGCCUGGCCGCCCUAGGGCUGAAAUGUACUCGCUGGGGUGGCAGCUAUCGCUCUAAGGGACAUACGGCGAUUUCCGCAGGGGCUUGCUUCGUCAUAGCAGGGGUCCUGUGUCUGGUGCCUGCAUCCUGGUUCACCAAUGAGGUCAUCACUACGUUUAUGGACUCCAAAGUGCCCAAAAGCAGCAAGUACGAGCCAGGCGCGGCAGUGUAUGUGGCAUUUGUGUCGGCAGGAUUCCUUUUAGCUGCAGGCGUAAUCUUUUGCUUAUCGUGUCCUGGAAGAAGAGGCGGUCCAUUGGAUUCGGGCUCGUCCCACCCCGACAAGCCAAAACAGCAGAAGCUGCGCCAGGAGCAGCCGACCCGUGACCAACAGAAACAGCAGCACCGCGAACAGCAGAGUCAGACUGAACCGCUGGAACAAGAGCAGUCACAUCGAGAGAAUCUACACCAGGAAAAGCUACAAGCGGACGAUCGUCAGCAAGAGAAGUCGGUGCCGGACAGGUUGAACCUGGAGAAGGACAAGCAGUACCACUCUCCAUCCCGAACCCGAAAUCAAGAUGCCAAGGCCGUCUAUUGUCUGCACGACUACGUAUAAACAACAAUCAAGUAUUUAGAGUGUUCUUGCUUAUCAGACUGCCUUUCUUUGUGAGCGGCAAAAAGAGGAGGGGAAAAGCAGUGGAGCAAUAAUGACUUUGAUGCUGUUAUCAACCCUUCUCAUCUGUGCUUUCACUCACAGCAAGGUAUUUCCAAAGCCCCGGAACAGACGAAAUAAGGAUUGCGAAUCCUUGGGUACAUUUUUAUUGCAACUACAAGUAAAAAAGGUGACGUAUCAUAAAAAUGCAACAUAAGACAGGGGAAUUUAUUCAGAUAUUAAUGUAAGGAAAGUUCUGAAGGUGCAUUGGUUUGAAAAAAAAAAAGAGCAUUUUGUAGUUGCCCCAUCAUUAAACUAAAACGCAAACUCUCAAGCUUGUAGAUGAUACAUUAGGCAGUAUGUGCAUGCUGUUUGUAGAUAAUGCUGUUAAUAAUGCCGCAAAAAAGCUUGCAGUUGUGAAAGAGAUAAUCAGGCUUGCACCUGAGGAUGCUUCACCCCAUCAUCUGUCCAUUAAAUGGUGCGUGUCCUUCAGAAAAGGGAUUUUGACAUGUCCAGUCCAUAUUUUUCAAAGAAUGGUGAUGGGGGGGAGGCACAGCGCCAGAGAUCGUCUGAGGUAAUGAUGCUCUUUGCUUUUCCAUUAGGUUCGCUACGGAUGGGUGCACAGUGCUCAUUUAUUGCGAGCAGGCACAGAUACACCAACACACACACACACACACACACACACACACACACACACACACACACACACACACACACACACACACACACACACACACACACACACACACACAUAAGCUUUCCUUCCCUCCCUCAUACUCCUGCUAGAAGGGUAAUGGGGGCUUGCACCCAAUCAUCAUGAUGCUGUGCGUCAGUGUGUCGUGCCUGCAGGAAGUGCAGUCGGUCCUGUUCUAGGGCAAGCAGGACGCAGUAACACGCUGUUCACACUUUUGUCGAAAAGUAGAACCAAGGUGACAGAAAUCUCAGCGGUGGCUUCGGGCUCCCCCGCUGGCCAACAAUUAUACCUUUGGUCUGCGUCUCAAUUCGGUCAAACCAUCUGCAGUAUUUUCUGAUUCCUAAGCUGUUUUCACUUACAGUCAAGCCAUUGAAUGUAUUUUUUUUUUCAAAUAGUCAGUGAAGACAGCAAUGUUUGAUAUAAUGUACCACAUUUGACUCGAGCUAAUACUAAGUGUUAUAGUCUGUGCUGUUUCUGUCGUAACGAUGGUCAAGGGCUCCUAUUGUCUCCUGAGAGACGCCACAGCAAGACAUUUUCUGCCUUUCAUUUCUCUCACAUAUACAUACACACAUUCUGCUCUUUGUGUUUGAUACGCAUGUACAGAAUGCUUUAGAUGUUGACACAAUGGCUGAAAGUGACAAUGAAAGAGAGCAACAAGACCAUUUUUUAAACAAAGUGCCAAUGGUCCAUGUCUUGUGCAUGUACUGUAAGCUUGAUAUAGUUAUUGGGGUCAAAAAAUUAUGCUAUUUUGCAUUGUUUUCUAAAUUAAUAUAUUUUCCAUUUUAAAUUAAAUCAAAUUAUAUCAACAAAUUAUAUCAGCAUAACAAUUUAAGUGUAAAUAUGAUUGUCUGAUCACGUAUCACUUAUUUAUUAAUAAUGCAGAAUAAAUUUUCCUUCUCAGGUUUUUUGUUCUGAUGUUUCUUUGUUUUAAAUGUCUUGCUUUUUUAUUUUCAAUGACAAAAAAUCCCAAAAUUCCGUUAUGGUCUCAGACUUUUGGAUUGCACUGUAAACUGUAGGCUAUGUUCACAAUGAAGUUGAAUGUGGCCCAAAUCUAAUUAUUAUCAUGGGUUUUUAUAAAUAUAGCCGUUGUAUUACUAUCGCAUUGAUUCAGACAUUUUCAACUCCUUUCUUGCGUAUUUUUGUAUGUGAAUAGGAUUUUUUUUCCCCAAGUGAUUUUGUUGUAAACAGUUAGGGAUUUUGCUUCUUGUGAUUUUUAAUCAAACACAACAUUCAUCUUAUAAGUUAUUUUAUCGACCUUUGCAGUGAAUAAUAAAAUAAUUAAUUUCAUUAUACAAAGUAAUAUACAGCAGAGUGCAAAAAUAUUUUUUCAAUAUAUUUUGAUGUUAACAGAAAUCAAAACUCUUCUAAUGUCCUAUAAAAAAAAGCAAAAUAUGAUAUUUUCAUUAAUAUUAUAAAAUGUGUUGAUGUUACGAUGAACAAGCCAGGUUUUCCAGUGUUUUUCACAGGAGUCACUUAUUCAGUCCAGGUCACGUGCAAAAAGUCAUGUGAACAACUGCACAAAAUUUAAGAAUUAGGUUUGGUUUGUUGUGUAAACUUAGCCCCAGGAGUGUGUUUAUAUCAGCACAUGUACAUUAUUUUUGAGAGAUAAUGAUGGAAAAAUACUAUUGACGGAGAAACCUCUUCAUCAUGAAACAGCGAAUGUUGACUACACUGAAUGUUGCUUUGUGUUAAAUUUGUCAUUUUGAAUUUUCUAUUUUGGCUUGACAAAAGGGCUUCAUUUAGUGAAUUUAUAAACUGAUGUGUGGCCAGUAAUGAUGUGAAACUAUCAAAUCCAAUUAAAGCAGAUGCCUGUACACCACA